UUCAUUUUGCUUUUUCCAUUAAUUUUGGUUUCACCCAAGGAAAAAUAAUACUAGUUGAUUGUGGAAGCAGAAAGAGAGAGUCUCUCUCUAUCUUUGUCUUUCUCUCUCGCGGCUUGCCAGUUUGCGGUUAAAAAAGCUAGGGGAUAGGAGCCAGAGAGGCAAUGGCCACGUCGUCCAGCUCCAUUGCAGCAGCCGUGAGGCUCCCUCAAAUUCCUUCGAUUUCAAAUACACCAGAUUAUACCUGCAAUUCUAGAAGAGGAGCGAGAAGCAGAGUUAGGGUUGUUACUCCGGCGGUGCCCCGCGCCUGUCUCUCGUUUGCCAGUCCUUUGACCAGAUUGCAUGCCAAAAACUCAGUCUCUGCUUUUCUCUAACUGCGCCGGGUGGCACCAAGAAAUUAGAGAUGAUUUGCGUGGGACACAUAGGAGGAGAAGCGAUACCCGGAGACGACAUACUUCCACUUUUGAAGGGCGAGCUUCCAAGACACCUUUUCCCCAACGGUAUGAGUGCAUUUCUUGCUCCCUUAACAAUGGUAGAAGUCGUCCUGGAAUUAAAAGAUCAGCACCAAGAGCAUUUAUGGACAAAACUACUUUUGCUUUGUCGAAGUCUGACAUUGCUUCUGCAAAGCGGACUCAUGCUCCCUGUGCAACAGUUGGUCCAGAUGAGCCACAUGCAGCAAGUACAACGUGGCCAGAUGGAGUUGUUGAUAGACAAGAUUUGGAUAUAUUAUAUCCUCAAUUCGAUAAAAUAGAGUUAGAGGCUUUUCUGAAUUCCAAACUUCCUUCUCACCCGAAAUUGCAUAGAGGACAGUUGAAUAAUGGGCUUCGUUAUCUUAUUUUGCCAAAUAAAGUUCCACCAAACAGAUUUGAAGCGCACAUGGAAGUUCAUGUAGGAUCUAUUGAUGAGGAAGAGGAUGAGCAAGGAAUUGCGCAUAUGAUUGAACAUGUUGCAUUCCUUGGAAGCAAGAAACGUGAAAAACUUCUUGGGACCGGUGCCCGUUCUAAUGCCUACACUGAUUUUCAUCACACAGUUUUUCACAUCCAUUCCCCAACUAGUUCAAAGGAUUCUGAUGAGGAUUUACUUCCCCCUGUGCUUGAUGCCUUGAACGAGAUAGCUUUCCACCCAAAAUUCCUUUCUUCUCGAGUUGAGAAAGAACGACGUGCUAUACUUUCAGAACUGCAGAUGAUGAACACAAUUGAGUAUCGUGUUGAUUGCCAGUUGUUACAACAUCUGCAUUCUGAAAACAAGCUGAGCAAAAGGUUCCCGAUAGGACUGGAGGAACAGAUUAAGAAGUGGGAUGCAGAUAAGAUAAGGAAAUUCCAUGAGCGCUGGUACUUCCCAGCAAAUGCAACCUUGUAUAUUGUGGGGGAUAUUGACAAUAUUUCAAAGACUGUUUACCAGAUUGAAGCUGUCUUUGGGCAGACUGGCCUUGAAAAUGAGACAGCUCCUUUACCCACUUCUGCUCCUAGUACAUUUGGUGCCAUGGCUGGUUUUCUUGUUCCUAAGCUCUCAGCUGGAUUGGCGGGAAACUUGGCUCAUGAAAGAUCAAAUUCUGCAGAUCAAUCAAAAGUCUCUAAACGGGAAAGGCAUGCAGUUCGCCCUCCUGUAAAACACAAUUGGUCUCUUCCUGGAAGUAGUGCAGAUAUGAAGCCUCCACAGAUAUUUCAGCACGAGUUGCUUCAGAAUUUCUCAAUUAAUAUGUUUUGCAAGAUUCCAGUUAACAAGGUUCAAACAUAUGGUGAUCUGCGAAAUGUUUUGAUGAAGAGAAUAUUUCUGUCUGCUUUGCAUUUCCGGAUUAAUACAAGAUACAAGAGUUCAAAUCCGCCAUUUACCUCAGUUGAAUUGGAUCAUAGCGAUUCUGGAAGAGAAGGUUGCACUGUUACAACUCUCACAGUCACUGCUGAGCCCAAGAAUUGGCAAAAUGCAAUCAAAGUUGCUGUUCAAGAGGUUCGGAGGCUGAAAGAGUUUGGUGUUACCAAGGGUGAAUUGACUCGCUACAUGGAUGCCCUUUUGAAAGAUAGCGAACAUCUUGCAGCAAUGAUUGAUAAUGUAUCAUCGGUUGAUAACUUGGAUUUUAUUAUGGAGAGUGAUGCAUUGGGCCAUACAGUUAUGGACCAAAGACAGGGACACGAGAGUUUGGUUGCUGUUGCUGGAACAGUUGCACUUGAAGAAGUCAAUUCAAUUGGUGCUAAGGUGUUAGAAUUUGUCUCAGAUUUUGGGAAACCCACUGCGCCUCUUCCUGCCGCAAUUGUUGCAUGUGUACCAAAAAAAGUACAUGUUGAUGGAAUUGGUGAAACUGAAUUCAACAUAGCCCCCGAGGAAAUUACCAUGGCUAUGAAAUCAGGAUUGCAGGAACCCAUUGAGGCAGAACCAGAGCUUGAGGUGCCAAAAGAGUUAAUUUCUCCCUCACAAUUGCACGAGUUAAGGUUGCAGCGUAGCCCAUCUUUUGUUCCUGUAGUUCCGGAAUUAGAUGUCACAAAACUGCAUGAUAAGGAAACUGGGAUUGUCCAGUGUCGCCUUUCUAAUGGAAUACCUGUAAAUUAUAAGGUCAGUAAGAACGAAGCCCGGGGAGGUGUUAUGCGGCUUAUAGUUGGUGGUGGACGAGCAGCAGAAAAUUCAGACUCAGGAGGAGCUGUUGUCGUUGGUGUUCGAACUCUUAGUGAAGGUGGUCGUGUUGGAAACUUUUCAAGAGAGCAGGUAGGUUUUCUUUAUUUUUAUUUUUAUUUUUUUAAUUGUGGAUGCCCCAACACAAUAUUUGAAGAAAAUGUUUUGUUUCGUCAGAAGUUCCGAAAACAAAAGAAAGAGAAAUCUUUUUAUAGGUUUCUAUUGACAGAAAAUUUCUUUCCUAUCAUUGUAGGAGACUUCUCAAAUGAGGAGAUUGAAUCUUGCAUUCUUGAUUACCUAGGAACAGUAAGAGCAGAAAGAGAUUCUGAUAAAGAGCAGGAAUUGAACCCAAUUAUAUUUCGGCCAUCACCAUCUGAACUGCAGUUUCAACAAGUAUUCUUGAAGGACACCGAUGAGAGAGCGUGUGCAUACAUUGCAGGUCCUGCACCCAAUCGCUGGGGUUUUACAGUUGAUGGUAGAGAUCUAUUUGAGUCAACUGGUGAUAAUUCCACAAGUGAUGAUGCACAAUCAAAGUCCGGUGAUCUGCUGAUGGAGAGAAACAGUGUUGAGAAGAAUCUUCCAAGAAAACUUCGGGCUCACCCGCUUUUCUUUGGUGUUACUAUGGGGCUGCUAGCUGAGAUCAUAAAUUCUAGGCUUUUUACAACAGUCAGAGACUCUCUUGGACUAACAUAUGAUGUGUCAUUCGUAAACUUGUUCGAUAGGCUCAAUUUUGGAUGGUAUGUCAUAUCUGUGACAUCCACUCCAGGCAAGGUGUAUAAAGCUGUUGAUGCUUGCAAGAACGUUCUUAGAGGUUUGCAUAGCAACAAGAUCGCCCAAAGGGAGUUAGACAGGGCAAAGCGGACCCUUCUUAUGAGGCACGAGGCUGAAAUUAAGUCAAAUGCCUAUUGGCUUGGUUUGUUAGCUCACUUGCAAGCUGUUUCUGUUCCAAGGAAGGAUAUAUCAUGCAUUAAAGAUCUCACUUCACUUUAUGAAGCUGCCUCUAUCGAGGACAUAUACCUUGCGUAUGAACAGUUAAAAGUAGAUGAAGAUUCUUUGUAUUCAUGUAUUGGGAUUGCCGGGGCUCAGGCUGGAGAAGAAACUGCCGCUGCAUUGGAAGAGGAAGAACCAGAAGGUUUUCAGGGAGUUAUUCCUGUGGGGCGAGGUUUAUCCACAAUGACACGGCCAACAACCUGAGCAUUCAUGCUUUCGCUAUAGUGUAUAUUGAAGGAAAGCAUUAGAAGGUCAGUUAACAAGAUUGCAUGGCCGGUUGGGGGCAAGUUCCAUAGUGUUUUUGAGAAAAAGUAUAUGGAGUUGCUUCAAUGCACACGAGACAAGACUGAAGUGUUGGCUGAUGGAGUGAUUUAUUUGAUCUUCAUCACCUCUGCUUCGCUCAUUAUAGCCUAGAAGCUUGUUUAAAUGUAUUCCUAAUAGUGUUGAUUCUAUUUCUGCUGUCACAGGCAUUGGAAAUUUUCUUUGGGAACUCAGAAAUAUAGUGAAAAAAUGCAAAGUAUACAGAUGUUGAACUAGGGGAUUUUGGCUGGAUCAAGUAUGUGUGUGUCAUUUAGCAGCUGCCAGUUGCCUAUAUGUAAAUUACCUAUUUUCAAUUAACGAUUUAUUUGAGGCAAUCUGGUUCAACCCAUCUAAAA